CCAAAUACAAGUCUUUCCUUGAUUCAAACGUAACUCUCAAUUUCUUAGCCCCCUUCCCUUCCUUUCCCUCGUUGACUUUGUAACAUAAUAUCUUUCAGUAGCCAAAAAAACAACCAAUACUUCAUUCCUAGGGAAUCUCAUUCUCAUCCAUCACCAUGGCUAACAUAAACACUUUUUUCAACCCCUUUCAAUCCAAAACAAUCUUCUAGCAAGCACUUUUUCAUGGUUUCAUCAUCAUCAAGAUGAACAACACAACCGAUUCCGGAUUCCUCGGCUCCAACAACACAAGUGGCUUUGGCAUGGGGAUAGGAAUCUCAAUUGGAAUUCUUCUCCUCAUCACAACCAUCACACUCACCUCCUACUUCUGCACAAGAUCACAAGUGCCAACUCCUCCAAGGAGAAGAACAACAAGUAAUUCCAACCCACAAUUCCUUGAGCCACACCACACAAUAGUUGAUGUUGGCCUAGAUGAAGCCACAAUCAUGAACUACCCCAAGAUGCUCUACUCUGAAGCCAAACUAAGGAAAUUUGAUUCCACUUCAACAAGCUGCUCCAUAUGUCUUGGAGAUUACAAAGGUUCUGAUUUUCUAAGGGUGUUGCCUGAUUGUGACCAUGUCUUCCACCUUAAGUGCAUUGACCCUUGGUUGAGGCUGCAUCCAACAUGUCCUCUCUGCAGAACAUCUCCAAUUCCAACACCUCUGUCAACUCCUCUGGCUGAAGUGGUCCCUUUAGCAACCAGGCGAGAUUAAUUCAUAGUUUGAAAUGUUCGUUUUAGGUCUAGCAUCUCUUGAUGGAGGCAAUCCUGUUCGAGCCUGAUAUAAUCACCAUGGGAUAGUUUGAAAUGUUUUUGCGUUGUAGUAUUAGUACACUAAGUUUGAGGUUUAUCAAAAUUUCAUAAAGUACUCUAUUGAUUGAUUCUAUAUUGUAAAUUCUUCUCUUGUAUCCUUUUUCAAAACAACAAAAAAAAUGUUGACAAUUGACAAAUAUUGGUU